CCAAAUAUCCAUUUGAUGGUUGUGCCGAUGCUUUACCCCAAAAACUGCUUCCACGAUUUGGAUUGUGUCCUCAAUUUUGAUGCUGGCCCGCCAAAGAAGUUCAUGGUUUUCGUCAAUUCUCGACGAAUUGCUGAGCACGCUGUCGAACACUGCUGGACUCAAUUGCCGGCUCACCUUCGCAACAAAAUAGUUUGGUUCCAUUCGGGAAUGAUGAUGGAGUUUCGAACCGAGAUCAUCGCAAAGCUCUGUAAAGGUGAAAUAUGGGGAAUAUUUUGUACGGAUGUGGCAGGGAUG